CCGCAGUGUCGAGAGCGCCCAGGCGGGGUGUGAGUGGGUGCCUCUCGGGCCAGGCUCUCCCGCCACCCCGGCGUCGUUGGACUGCACCCAGGGCGGGGACGUGCGCCGGGCACGGGAGGGAGCAAAGAUGCCGAUCAAUAAAUCAGAGAAGCCAGAAAGCUGUGAUAAUGUGAAGGUGGUUGUUAGAUGCCGGCCCCUCAAUGAGAGAGAGAAAUCAAUGUGCUACAGACAGGCUGUCAGUGUGGAUGAAAUGAGGGGAACUAUCACUGUUCAUAAGACUGACUCUUCCAAUGAACCUCCAAAGACAUUUACUUUUGAUACUGUUUUUGGACCGGAGAGUAAACAACUUGAUGUUUAUAACUUAACUGCAAGACCCAUUAUUGAUUCUGUUCUUGAAGGCUACAAUGGGACUAUUUUUGCAUAUGGACAAACUGGAACAGGCAAAACUUUCACAAUGGAAGGUGUUCGAGCUGUUCCUGAACUUAGAGGAAUCAUUCCAAAUUCAUUUGCUCACAUAUUUGGUCACAUUGCAAAAGCAGAGGGUGAUACAAGAUUUUUGGUUCGAGUGUCUUAUUUGGAAAUAUAUAAUGAAGAAGUUCGUGAUCUUUUGGGCAAGGAUCAGACACAGAGAUUAGAGGUUAAAGAAAGACCUGAUGUAGGAGUUUAUAUCAAAGAUUUAUCAGCUUACGUGGUAAAUAAUGCUGAUGAUAUGGAUAGAAUUAUGACACUAGGCCACAAAAAUCGUUCUGUUGGUGCAACUAAUAUGAACGAACAUAGUUCUCGCUCCCAUGCCAUCUUUACGAUUACUAUAGAAUGCAGUGAGAAAGGUGUUGACGGUAACAUGCAUGUCAGGAUGGGGAAGCUCCAUCUUGUAGAUCUUGCUGGUUCAGAAAGACAAGCAAAAACUGGAGCUACUGGACAGCGCCUAAAGGAAGCUACAAAAAUCAAUCUUUCACUUUCUACCCUUGGUAAUGUAAUUUCUGCCUUGGUUGAUGGAAAAAGCACUCAUGUGCCUUAUCGUAACUCUAAAUUGACCCGUCUUCUUCAGGAUUCCUUAGGAGGAAAUUCAAAAACCAUGAUGUGUGCAAAUAUUGGGCCAGCCGACUACAAUUACGACGAAACUAUCAGUACGUUACGGUACGCCAACCGUGCUAAGAAUAUUAAAAAUAAGGCUAGAAUUAAUGAAGAUCCAAAGGAUGCUUUGCUUCGUCAAUUUCAGAAAGAAAUAGAAGAACUGAAAAAAAAACUUGAGGAAGGGGAAGAAAUAUCAGGCUCUGAUAUCAGUGGUUCAGAGGAAGAUGAUGAAGAAGAAGGUGAGGUUGGAGAAGAUGGAGAGAAAAGGAAAAAAAGACGGGGUAAAAAGAAAGUUUCCCCAGAUAAGAUGGUUGAAAUGCAAGCAAAAAUUGAUGAGGAGAGAAAAGCACUUGAAACAAAGCUUGACAUGGAAGAAGAAGAAAGGAAUAAGGCUAGAGCUGAAUUAGAGAAACGGGAAAAAGAUCUUCUUAAGGCCCAACAAGAGCAUCAGACUUUGCUAGAGAAGUUAUCUGCAUUGGAGAAGAAGGUGAUUGUUGGUGGUGUAGAUUUAUUAGCAAAAGCCGAGGAACAAGAAAAACUUCUUGAAGAAUCCAAUAUGGAACUGGAAGAAAGGAGGAAAAGAGCAGAGCAGCUUCGCAGAGAACUUGAAGAAAAAGAGCAAGAACGCUUGGAUAUUGAAGAAAAAUAUACCAGUUUGCAAGAGGAAGCACAAGGAAAGACCAAGAAAUUAAAGAAAGUUUGGACUAUGCUGAUGGCUGCGAAAUCAGAGAUGGCUGAUCUUCAACAAGAACAUCAGAGAGAAAUUGAAGGACUAUUGGAAAAUAUCCGACAACUUAGUCGGGAACUUCGACUUCAGAUGCUUAUUAUUGAUAACUUUAUACCCCAGGAUUAUCAGGAAAUGAUUGAAAACUAUGUCCAUUGGAAUGAAGACAUAGGAGAAUGGCAGCUAAAAUGUGUUGCCUAUACAGGAAAUAAUAUGCGGAAACAGACUCCAGUUUCUGAUAAAAAAGAGAAAGAUCCCUUUGAAGUGGACCUUUCUCAUGUGUAUCUCGCCUAUACUGAAGAGAGUCUGCGACAGUCUUUGAUGAAAUUAGAACGGCCACGAACUUCAAAGGGAAAGGCAAGGCCCAAGACAGGGAGAAGAAAGCGUUCUGCAAAGCCUGAAACUGUAAUUGACUCUUUACUCCAGUAAAUGUUACAGACUUAAAGUUACAAUAAAAAUUAGUGACAUUCUCAUGCCUGGACAAAAAUCUUUCAUUAAAACACUGAUGACUUUUGUGUAAUUUUAAGUAAUGGACACUGUAAAUCAUGGAGUAAGACUGGAAAUGAUAAUUUGCCUAAAAACUUUUAGUCUAUAUAAAGUUAACCUAACAUAUUAAACUGGUACAACUGCUAUUCAUUCAAAUUAUUAUAUUACUCUUCUGCUUAUACUGUGCAGGGAAGUUGCAGGAGCAGCUCAUACUGUAGAGCUGCAGUUGAAAUGUAUACAUAAGCCUGUUAGUAAUUUACCCAACUACUGUAUAUUCAGAUAACUGGAAUUUCAAAAUAGAAAAAAGGUGGGUUUUUUUUGCACGCAAAGUAGCAUAUCUAAUUGUCUUUUGUUGUACUGUUAAAUAUGAAUGUAUGAACUGCAUAUUUAAGAAUAAUUCAACCCUAACAACCACCUGGUCUGUUUAAAUAAGUUCUUAUUUUAAUUUUAACAUUCAUUGCAAUUGAAGUAUGAGAUGUCUGAUCUUACAGAUCUACUAUAGAAAAUUUUAUGGUCAGUUUUGGGAUGUAUUCAUGUUUGAAAAACAGUUUAAGACUAUGUUUUAUCUGGACCUCUCAGCCUUUUUUCACAUUGAGUUCAAGUCAAAUAUAUAUUUUUUGUUCUGGUUACAUGUUCCUUUGAGACAGUGAAUUGUACCUAAAUAUAAAGGCGCUAUAGUUACAGAAAAUUGUCACUGAUAUUUGCAUGUAUUUGUAUCAUCUUUUCAAACUCACUUUGUGAUGUGACAAGUAAAUGCGUUCUUGUGUUUGAAUUCUAAAUUUUGAUGGAAAUUGCUCUGUAUCCAAUUGGGAGUGAUUUCCAUUUUCCAGAAAGUGAAGCAAAGCAAGAAAAAUACCUUUUAAUCACUUGUCUUUAAAACACUUUGGUUUUUAUUUUAUUUAUAUAAAGAAUCUGCUCCCUAAAUUUCUUGUAUUAUAAAUUGUUGGGUCAUAUUACUCAAAAAAAAUAAUAAUAAUAGGGCCAGAGAGGUAGCAUAGUGGGUAGGGCCCUUGCCUUGUUACCCUGGUUCAAUUCCUGGCACCACACAGCCUUGCCAGAAGGGAUCCUUGAUCUCAGAGCCAGGAAUAAACCUUGGGCACAGCUGGGUGUGGCCCCCAAAUUAAAAAUAAUAAUAAAUAAAAAAUAUUUUAUUUUAUAGUAAUUAAGUUGUAGUAGAUAAAAUUGUUUUGUUGACUGCUUACUGAAAUUAUUUUUAGAGUUACUUUGUCCUAUACUUAUUAAGAUGUUUCCAGUUAGCCCUAAACAUUGGUUACAAACUUUUAGACUUUACAGGUUAGUAUUUAUUAAAUUAACAUUAUUUUUAAUACACUUGGUUAUAUAUUGGUUUAUAGUUAUAAAGCUGUGUAUAGAGUGAGGUGAGUGAAGAUGGUAUAUUUGUGAAACAGUGGUGAAAAUGUGUCCAUAAAGUUAAAGUACAUUCCAAGUUUGUGUACUAAAUAUCUUGUGUUUGGUGACUAUUUUCUAGGUAAUAAGAAUUUAUUCAGUUGGCAUCAUUUUCUUUGUAGUAUAUAAGGGAGUUAGAAGUUUAUUACUUUAUUCUGUGGGGCAUUGUUUAGGUACUGUGAAAACUUGAAUUUGUCUUAUAAAAGCUUUGUAUAAGCUGAAUAUCUUGGCAAUUAAAGAAGCACACUUAACUGUUAGUAAUUAAUAUAGAGAAAAUUUAAUUUUGCUAGUAGAAAAGAUGGAUACUUUAUAAAAGUGCUUGUUUCUAGCCUUGAACAAUCCAGUUACUAGGAAAGGAAUAAUUUUUUGCAUUAUCUUUAAAACAGAAAUAUUAAACCUAUGCUAGAUUUUUUUCUAAUAAUAGAAAGAAAUCUAUAACAAGUCAAAACAUUGAGACAUUUUAAAAGUAGCCUUCUUUCUUAAAAGCAUUUUUGUUAUAAUUGCUUACACCAGAUCUGCAUUAAAUAUUCAUUAUAUUGAGUACCAAAAAUUAAACAUUUGAGCCAGGCCGGAGUAUCCAUGUAACGCUGAUUUUACUGCUAUUCACUUAGCUCCAGUCAUAGCAGUCCUGUGGUUUUUUCACAUCUACUGUGUAUGUCUACAAAUGAAAUAUUUUGUAACUUCAGUGUUAAUUUCAUGAAAGGAUAUAGAAAAAAUAUCGGUCAUUAUUUGAAAUAGGUAGAUUUAAAAUGAGUGUCACACAUAAAUAUAUAUGUAUGUUAUUAAAGGGAUAUUUUCUUUUCUUUUAAUAAAAAAUACUUAUUUAUUAAAAGAGCCUUGGUAGAAGGUUAAUAAUUGUGGUAUAUUCUUUAAUACCCUGUAACUAUACACUAAUAAUUAGGAUGUUAAAAUAUGGUAGUCCUCAGUUUCUUGUUUUUUGUUUUUUUUAAGACUCUUUUUAAAGUAUAAGAUUAAUCUGUGGGGAGGUCUGUAUCCAUGUGUUUAUUCUCUAAGUAAAAUUUAUAUGACAAGCUAUGUCAUCUACUUUCUGAGAAAAGGGAACUUUUUUUUGGUAGCAAAUUUAAGAAAGUUACUUUGGAGUAGAGGGUGGUGCUACUUCAUCUGUAACAUUUUUUAAAAUUAUGAUUAUGCCUUUCAGAUUGAUAUUUGUUGUUGAUGCUUUUUCAUUUGAAAUUUUAAAAAUGUAUUUCCCUUUAAUUCUUAAGGAAAGUUACUCUCUUUCCUUACAGGGCUGUGAAUUAAGGAAUGGGUAGAGUUUACAUUUAAUUACGCCAGUGUCUGCCCAGUUUCUUAAUGUAUGCGUUUGUUUUCCUUUUAAGUUAUUUGUUGUUCUAAAACUGCUAGAUUAAAACAUAGAUCUUCUUAGUGCCUUUGAACUCAUACUGUAGUCUGACUAAUUUAAAUCAUUAAUAACUUCAGUAGCAUUACUAUUAUAUUGUAUACUGGCCAAAAAAGACAAAUUACAAAUGAGUUUGUUGCAGUUAUUUCAAAAGCCACACUUUCACUGUAUUUUAUGUACAAAUUGUAUUUGUUCAAGUUGUAUAUAUUGAUAUUGUAUGUAUACAUGAAGCAUGGUUAAAUAAAUAAAAAUCUUUACUAAUGCC